AAAAAAAAAGGGGAUGAAGACAAAUAUCGUUAUUACAUCUAUCUUUUCUUAACCCCCUCUUCCUCUCAAGAAUACAAUUUGUAAUAUUCUUCGUCUUCUGCAUAUGGAGAUAGAGGGCACGUGCAGCAGCAGUAGUGGCAGCAGUACUCGUCGCCGGCCUCCUCCGCCACCGCCGCCGCCGGGGUCCGGCGGAGGAGCAUAUUUGGUGUGGGAAGAUUUGUCGGUGGUUAUACCAAACUUCGGCGGAGGUCCGACCCGGAAAUUGCUUCAAGGGCUCAACGGGUACGCCGAACCGGGUCGGAUCAUGGCCAUCAUGGGUCCUUCCGGAUCCGGCAAGUCCACCCUUCUAGAUUCUCUCGCAGGUAGACUCGCAAGAAAUGUCAUCAUGACCGGAAACCUUCUUCUAAACGGAAAGAAAGCAAGGUUAAACUACGGUCUCGUCGCUUAUGUAACCCAAGAGGACAUUUUGUUGGGGACAUUGACAGUGAGAGAGACAAUACGAUACUCAGCUCAUCUGAGACUCCCGAACACGAUGAGCAAAGAGGAAGUGAAUGAUGUCGUGGAAGGAACGAUCAUGGAGUUAGGUCUUCAAGAUUGUUCCGACAGAGUUGUCGGAAACUGGCACGCCAGAGGACUCAGCGGCGGCGAGAAGAAACGUCUCAGCGUCGCCCUCGAGAUCCUCACCAGGCCUCAGAUCCUGUUUCUCGACGAACCCACGAGCGGUCUGGACAGCGCUUCCGCCUUUUUCGUGAUCCAGACGCUUAGGAACAUCGCCCGGGAUGGCAGAACCGUAGUUUCUUCCAUUCAUCAGCCGAGCAGCGAGGUUUUCGCCCUCUUUGACGACCUUUUCUUGCUCUCCGGAGGUGAAACUGUUUACUUUGGUGAAGCCAAAUCUGCUAUCGAGUUCUUCGCUGAAGCAGGAUUUCCUUGCCCGAGGAAGAGGAAUCCUUCUGAUCAUUUUCUUCGAUGCAUAAAUUCCGACUUUGACGCUGUUGCAGCUACACUCCGAGGAUCUCAGAGACUUCGGGAUGUUCCGUCUUCAUCAGAUCCUUUGAUGAAUCUGGCAACAUCCGAGAUCAAAGCGAGGCUUGUCGAGAACUAUCGCCGCUCCAAGUACUUAAAGGCUGCAAAAUCUAGGAUUCGGGAAUUAUCCAACAUAGAAGGGCAUGAGAUGGAAUGCAAGAAGGGAAGCGAAGCAAGCUGGUUGAAGCAGCUCAGGACAUUGACAAAACGAUCGUUUGUAAAUAUGUGUCGAGAUGUCGGGUACUACUGGGCAAGGAUCGUGAUCUAUAUCGUUGUAUCUAUCUGUGUUGGGACCAUAUUCUUCGACGUGGGACACAGUUACACUUCCAUCCUGGCGAGAGUUUCUUGCGGCGGAUUCAUCACGGGUUUCAUGACAUUCAUGUCCAUCGGAGGCUUCCCUUCCUUCAUCGAGGAAAUGAAGGUUUUCUACAAGGAGAGGUUGAAUGGAUACUAUGGAGUUGCAGUGUAUAUCCUUUCGAAUUACAUCUCAUCGUUCCCGUUCUUGGUCACGAUUUCGCUCAUCACGGGAAGCAUCACCUACAAGAUGGUGAAGUUCCGGCCAGGGUUUUCUCACUAUGCUUUCUUCUGCCUCAACAUCUUCUUCUCUGUAUCGGUGAUCGAAAGCCUCAUGAUGGUCGUGGCUUCUCUUGUUCCAAACUUCUUGAUGGGUCUCAUCACAGGAGCCGGCAUCAUUGGAAUCAUCAUGAUGACAUCCGGAUUUUUCCGUCUUCUCCCCGAUCUACCCAAGCCCUUUUGGCGUUACCCGAUUUCGUUCAUGGGUUACGGCUCUUGGGCCAUUCAGGGGGCGUACAAGAACGACUUUCUGGGGCUGGAAUUCGAGUCUCUUCUGCCGGGGGAUCCGAAGAUGACGGGAGAGGAGGUGAUACAGAAGAUAUUCGGGGUGAAGGUGACGCACUCCAAGUGGUGGGACUUGUCGGCGAUAGUUCUGAUACUCGUGUGCUAUCGUAUCCUCUUCUUCGCGGUACUGAAGCUGAAGGAGAGCGCAAUGCCGGUUUUCAAGGCGUUGCAAGCGAAGAGAACGAUGAAGAUACUGGACAAGAGACCGUCCUUGAAGAACAUAGCUUCCUUGUCCUCCAUGUCUUCGAGGAGACACCAUCCUCUUCACUCUCUCUCCUCUCAAGAAGGCCUCACCUCUCCAAUCCCUUCUUAGUUCUGUUCUUGCUUUGGUUCGUAACGCAUAUUUGAUCAUCAUUCCUCCUAUUGCUCUCCUCAAGUUUCAUCACAACUUGACCGCAUAUAUUUUCAUUGUAUUUUACAAUAAUAAAAAUAAUACUCAAAAGGGUUUUUCCAUAACUAAUUGUUGCUUA